GUCGCCGUCGCCGCCAAGCCGUGCGGGGCCAGGCCGCGCCCUCCCUGGGCGCCCGCCGGCUCGCAUGCCGAGGGGCUCCGGGGCGUAGCUGCGCGCCCGGCGCCGCCUCCGGGCUCCUCCGGCCCCGCCAUGGGCUGCUGCAGCUCCGCCUCCUCCGCCGCGCAGAGUUCCAAAAGAGAAUGGAAGCCACUGGAGGACCGUAGCUGCACAGACAUACCAUGGCUGCUGCUCUUUAUCCUCUUCUGCAUUGGGAUGGGAUUUAUAUGUGGCUUUUCAGUAGCAACAGGUGCAGCAGCGAGACUAGUGUCAGGAUACGACAGCUAUGGAAAUAUCUGUGGGCAGAAAAAUGCAAAAUUGGAAGGAAUACCAUACAGUGGCAUGGACCACACCCAACGGAAGUAUGUGUUCUUUUUGGAUCCAUGCAAUCUGGACUUGAUAAACCGGAAGAUUAAGUCUGUAGCACUGUGUGUAGCAGCAUGUCCAAGACAAGAAUUGAAAACCUUGAGUGAUGUCCAGAAGUUUGCAGAGACGAAUGGCUCAGCACUAUGUAGCUACAACCUAAAGCCUUCUGAAUAUACUACAUCUUCAAAAUCAUCUGUUCUUUGCCCCAAACUUCCAGUUCCAGCGAGUGCACCUAUUCCAUUCUUCCAUCGCUGUGCUCCUGUGAACAUUUCCUGCUAUGCCAAGUUUGCAGAGGCCCUGAUCACCUUUGUCAGUGACAAUAGUGUCUUACACAGGCUGAUUAGUGGAGUAAUGACCAGCAAAGAAAUUAUAUUGGGACUUUGCUUGUUAUCACUAGUUCUAUCCAUGAUUUUGAUGGUGAUAAUCAGGUAUAUAUCAAGAGUACUUGUGUGGAUCUUAACAAUUCUGGUCAUACUGGGGUCACUUGGUGGCACAGGUGUACUAUGGUGGCUGUAUGCAAAACAAAAAAGGUCUCCCAAAGAAACUGUUAUUCCUGAACAGCUUCAGAUAGCUGAAGACAAUCUUCGGGCACUCCUCAUCUACGCCAUUUCAGCUACAGUGUUCACCGUUAUCUUGUUCCUGAUAAUGCUGGUUAUGCGGAAACGUGUUGCUCUCACCAUCGCCUUGUUCCACGUGGCUGGCAAGGUCUUCAUUCACCUGCCCCUACUGGUCUUCCAGCCCUUUUGGACUUUCUUUGCUCUUGUCUUGUUUUGGGCAUACUGGAUCAUGACACUUCUUUUUCUUGGCACCACUGGCAGUGCUGUUCAGAACGAACAAGGCUUUGUGGAGUUCAGAAUUUCUGGGCCUCUGCAGUACAUGUGGUGGUACCAUGUGGUGGGCCUGAUUUGGAUCAGUGAAUUUAUUCUAGCAUGUCAGCAAAUGACUGUGGCAGGAGCUGUGGUGACAUACUAUUUUACUAGGGAUAAAAGGAACUUGCCAUUUACACCUAUUCUGGCAUCAGUGAAUCGCCUUAUCCGUUAUCACCUGGGUACUGUGGCAAAAGGAUCUUUCAUUAUUACACUAGUCAAAAUUCCACGAAUGAUCCUUAUGUACAUUCACAGUCAGCUGAAAGGAAAGGAAAAUGCUUGUGCACGAUGUAUACUGAAGUCUUGCAUUUGUUGCCUUUGGUGUCUUGAAAAGUGCCUAAAUUAUUUAAAUCAGAAUGCUUAUACAGCCACAGCUAUCAACAGCACCAACUUCUGCACCUCAGCAAAGGACGCCUUUGUCAUUCUGGUGGAGAACGCUUUGCGAGUGGCUGCCAUCAACACAGUGGGAGACUUCAUGCUAUUCCUAGGCAAGGUGCUGAUAGUCUGCAGCACAGGUUUGGCUGGGAUUAUGCUGCUCAACUACCAGCAGGAUUACACAGUAUGGGUGCUGCCUCUGAUCAUCGUCUGCCUCUUUGCUUUCCUAGUCGCUCAUUGCUUCCUGUCCAUUUAUGAAAUGGUAGUGGAUGUAUUAUUCUUGUGUUUUGCCAUUGAUACAAAAUACAAUGAUGGGAGUCCUGGCAGAGAAUUCUAUAUGGAUAAAGUGCUGAUGGAGUUUGUGGAAAACAGUAGGAAGGCAAUGAAGGAAGCUGGUAAGGGAGGCGUCGCUGAUGCCAGAGAGCUAAAGCCGAUGGUAGGUGGAGAUGAGGAGGCGGCCGCCCUCCGAGAAUUUCACUUUCACUUCUUCUCUAUCUCUGUCUUCACUGACUGCACUUCUUCAGGAGAAGCUUUUGUUAUCUGUAUCACGCAGGAUGUGCUGCUUUUUCUGUUUGUGUGCUUACCCAUCACUUGGAUGGCAGAGUUCUUGUCACAGCUGAGACCACUUUCUGUAAAAGUAAGCUGAAAGGAACAGCAUCUUCUCCAGUGUCAUGGGGCUAGGGGGGACAGUUUUGUCCCUAAGAUGCAAUUGCUGUUUCUCUAUUUUUUUUUUUUUAACUGUCAAUUUUAAGUUUUCAUCCAUCUGAACAUUUGGGUGUUCAUUUGAACUGACGGUUUGAUUUUUAUCAUUUUGAAAAGUGGUAGUACCAAUUCCUUUCAACUUGCUAAAAGUUCAUAUUCCUCCUUUUUAUAAAUAAUGUUCUGUUUACAUUGUGGUCUUUUGCCCUUUGCUGAUUUUUUUCUUCUGUUGCCUGGAUUGUACCUUCUUUGUUUCUUAAGCUAUUUUUCUUCCUUUUGUUCUUUCUUUCUUUCUUUCUUUUUUGGUAGCAAACAAGGCUGUUUCCAUCAACACCCACAUUCCCUCUAAGUAAGACUAUCUGGUCUUCUCCCAGUUUACUUGUGAAAAGAUUGAAUUUCUCUGGCAAUUUUAGACAUAUUCCCACUCUACUCUAAUUUGAAAAAAACAAAUUAAAGUUAAUCAGCAUGCAAAUCCUGAGUUGUUUUUGCUAUAGACAUCCUCACUGUGGCCUAACCACAGAUGUCUCCAGCAGGUAUGUUGUCCUGCUAAUCAGGACAACAGCAAAGAUGCUGCCUACCCUGUGGUGGAAGGGAGGACUCAGGAAAGCUUCUUUCCCCCUGUUUCUGGGUUGUCCUCAUUGCUCAGGAAAUAAAGAUUUCAAGCCUAAAACUUAAAAAGACAUACAUAAAAUCUUAAAAUAUCAAUUUGCUUUUCCCUCCUCUUCUGUCUUUCCAGUGAUUGAGACUUUGAUUAAAGCAUUCUCCAGUAAAGGGAGAAAUAUUUAGAAGCUGAGAUUUAACUAAUUUGGCCACAUCCUGGUAUAUAUUUCCAUAUUAUUCUUUAGUAAAUGAUAGAUGAAUUGUGGUCGACUAAAAUGCAAAUAUCCCUUUUUUUUUAACCCCUAAUUUAUAGGCAAUAAUCCCAAGAGAAUGGCCCAAGUUAUGUGGCAUUCUGCCAGAAACCAAAAAUUUUAGGAAGAGUUGUUUUCCUAAGAGUAUUUUCAGUUUUAAACCAGUGUCUUUUAACCCAACAAUGCAUUUAAAUCUUCUUUCAGUUUUUGUUUUCAUUUUAUGUUGUUCAUCAGUUCAUUGCCUACCAAGGAAUGGCAAAAACCCUCCUCCACUGUGUCCCCAGAUACAUCUUUUCUGUGCAUUGUUCUUUUGAUGCUUCAGACAUUGCAUUAUUUUGGUACCUAAGAGUGAUGUUUUAAGUAGUUUUAAAAUUCCAGAAGAGAGAAAUGUGAAAUGUUGCUCACAAAGUAGGUUUGUUUGUUUGUUUGUUUGGGGCCCUGGGGUUUGAACCCAGAGGCACUUAACCACUGAGCCACAUUCCUAGCACUUUUUUUAAUAUUUGAUUUUAAGUUCGAGUCUCACUAAGUUGCUUUUUGAACUUUCAAUUCUGCUGCCUCAGCUUCCUGAGCUACUAGGAUUAUAGGUUUGCACCACCACACCUGACCAGAGUAGCUUUAUUUUUUAAGCAUUAGUACCAUAUCUUUCUUCUCUCUCACACUCAGUAUGCAUGAUUAGGAUUGACCCCUACCAUCACUAUCCCCUUUGUCAUAAAGAAUUAUCAAAGAAACUGCCCCCAAAGUUUGGGGCUUAGUAGACUGUAGAUUUGCUUAUUUGUAUUUGCUCACAUUAUUCUCUUAGAUGAUAAGUUCUGUGGAAGAGUAUCAUGCCUAUUUUGUAAUAUGUCUAGAAACACUUCUGCUGUCUGCCUUCUUCUUGAAUAUGGGGUAUUUUAACUUAGGGUUUAUUUUUAGCCUAUAAGAUAAUGUUCAGGAAAGUGAGGUUUAAAUUUUUCCUUUUGACAGGGGAUCAUUGAACUAACUAGGAGAACUGCCAGUAUUCUUGGAAUUUUUCUUAAAAGAGCCUCACAAGUUCAGAAAGUUUAAAGAUCUAUCAGGUCUUCCUACAGUUCCUUAAAAUUUAUUUUAGAAAAAUUUACCAAACGUGAUGAAGAGGUUUAGGAAAAUCUCGCCGUCUGCUAUUGUAUAGGUUAGAACUUACAGGGAAAAAGGAGGAGGAGACCUGGGCUCUAUAGGGACAUAGGCCAGAAAAGGAUGCUGUGCAUAUCUCCGAGAUGAUCCUAAAGGAAAUGUGACCUUCAACAUUCAUAGGAAUUUCAGCCCCAAGAAUACAGGGGCAGGGAGAAGGAGUCUCAAUCCAUUUUGCUCUUUUACUGUCUGUAACCAUGUGUAUCUGUAACAUCAUUCAUG